UUCUUGGCUCAGCUAGCCUUGUCUUCUCUUGUUUGGGGGGUAACAACGAUGUGCGUCCCAAACCUUCUCUCCGAAGAUUUCCCUUCCAUGUCGGCCCUCUCCACUGCGACAUCGUGCCAAAUGGAUCACCACCACGCCACACCGUAGUCCCUCCUCUCUGUUCUUCCUGUCCUGUCGCGUUUGCUCUUCUGCAUCAGAGCUCCGAACUCACGUGCUGUUUUAGCGUAACAGUGUCCUGCGCAUUGCUUUGUUGUUGCCUUCUCCGUGUUCCUCUUCACGCACCAUCGUCCUCCACACGCUCCCGCCUUCAUCAUUGAGACAUUGCCCCCUCCCCCUCCUUUUAUCCUCUCCGCUCCACCCCCUCCGCCCUUCCUCCAGCACACCCAGCAGCAAAGAUGAAGCUUCUGGGUUGGAUGCACCGCAGGUUCCGCUCCACCAGCGGCGAUGUGUUCAAGGACUUGGGAGGCGGUACGUUCACCUUUGUCUGUUUCAGUGCUCGGUUGGCGACUUGACGUGUUCCUCUGGGUACACCGUACCGCGGUUAAGUUGGGACGCUUGUCUGUAUGUGUCGCAGGCGGCACCUGUAACUCCCUCGCCGGGCAACCGUCGCUGGACGAGGACCCCAACCGAAGCCGUCGCCAAUACGAACCCUUUAAGGUAAAAAGCCUCCGCCUCGAUGCGGAGGUGCUCUUUGACGGCGAUGGUGGAGGUGGCGGGGGAGAUCCGGCGAUGGAGGUGCUCUUCGGGGGGCUCCUCACCGUCGGAACCCUAGGGACUGGGUCCUGGCCAAUCGAAGAGAAGGGAGCGGAGGCUGACGCCAAGGCGAACGGGGAGGUGGACGAGAAGAAGCCCUUGGUGUUGGCGGUGGAGGAGCUGGUCACGCCGGCGGCGCUAGAAGCGAUCGCGGAGAAGGAGGCGGAGGCGACGGAGAGGGACCUGAUGGUGGUGGGAGCGGAGCUGGAGAAGGUGCUGGCAACGGAGGCGGAGAAGGGCGGAGGCGGCGGCGGGAUGUCCUCCGCCCGCUCCAGCCAUUCCGGGGCAGCGGCGUGCCCGCUUCAAGGUUUCCCGUUCGGGUCGCCGAUCGAGACAGCGUCCGCGGUGGCAGGUGGGCGGAAGGAGCGGCGGGCCUCGCUGGGGGAGCUGAUCAUGAUGAGCCGGAUCGCGGAGGGCGGCGACCGAAAGGCGGAGGAAGCCGAGUACGCCGGGGUAGACAGCGGGGGCCAUGCGGAGGGGAAGCCGACGGCUGAGAUGUGCUUGAUGAGAACCACGAUGGCAAAGCACCGCAAAGGAUCGGACGGUGGUGGUGGCUCAACUCAUGCUUCAACGGUGGAGACGAAGAUCCAAAAGAUCCUUCAAAUUUUCCACAGAAAAGUUCACCCUGAGAGCAGUAUCAUGACUAAGAAUUCUUCAAAGACUGGUAAGAUCGAGAAGAAAGAUCACACGGCUCUAGUUGGAGGCAUUGAUCUCAGUGGUACGGGAGGCAGCACACUGGCCACUUUGAAAGGUGAAUGCAGAAAAGAAGACAUUCUAAACGUCAGUUUCUGCACCGAUCCUCCAUCCAAUGCUUUUAGUGGCUGCCAUUCAAAUAUCAAUCGGGAACACUGGAUUAAGACUGACGCAGACUAUUUGGUGCUGGAGCUGUAGAAGGGAAGGAGCCAGUCAAACUUCCUGAAUCCACACAAGUCAUGGAAGUAAAUUGAACCUUUACAACGAGAAGUCGAGUCGAAGAAUAAGUUUACAGUGUGGAGGUAAAUAAAUAUAUUCUGAAUCAGUUACCAGUGUGGAAGCUGCUGUCUUUCUGGUGGACAUUAUAAUUUGUUCUUCAUUUGUACCUUAUGUACGUGGGAAUAAAUAUAUUAUUAUUACCA